GGGAGCCGCGGGCAGUGGCCGAGGAGGCGGCGCGGCGGACGGCGGCCCGAGAAGAGCGCCCGCGCUCGGCCCGCGGGACCGCGCCGCCACCGCCCGGGCUGGCCCGGAGGAACGCCCGCGCCGCCGCCGCGCGGACCGAGGAGAUGUGGGACAUAUGGAUUUGGGAUAUGAAUUCAUUUGAAAAACCACUUUGGGGAAUCAGGAACAGCUUAGCAGAGUGGUAUUGACUCGGGAUCUUUCAGGAUGUUGCAGUCAAGAUGUUGGCCAAAGCUGCAGGUUAUGAACGUGAUUUUUGAUGAAACUGGAUUGGAAACAUUUUCAUGAUCUUUGUAUAUUUAUAUAUAUGUAUUUUAAAAUUUUGCAUUUGACUUAAAGUGCCAUGAGAAAAUUUGCAUAUUGCAAGGUGGUCCUAGCCACCUCCUUGGUUUGGGUACUCUUGGAUAUGUUCCUGCUGCUUUACUUCAGUGAAUGCAACAAAUGUGAUGAAAAAAAGGAGAGAGGACUUCCUGCUGGGGAUGUUUUAGAGCCAGUACAAAAGCCUCAUGAAGGUCCUGGAGAAAUGGGAAAACCAGUCGUCAUUCCUAAAGAGGAUCAAGAAAAGAUGAAAGAAAUGUUUAAAAUCAAUCAGUUCAACUUAAUGGCAAGCGAGAUGAUUGCACUCAACAGAUCUUUACCUGAUGUUAGGCUAGAAGGGUGUAAAACAAAGGUGUAUCCAGAUAAUCUUCCUACAACAAGUGUGGUGAUUGUUUUCCACAAUGAGGCCUGGAGCACACUUCUGCGAACUGUCCAUAGUGUCAUAAAUCGCUCACCAAGACACAUGCUAGAAGAAAUUGUUCUAGUAGAUGAUGCCAGUGAAAGAGACUUUUUGAAAAGACCUCUGGAGAGUUAUGUGAAAAAAUUAAAAGUACCAGUUCAUGUAAUUCGAAUGGAACAGCGUUCUGGAUUAAUCAGAGCCAGGUUAAAAGGAGCCGCUGUGUCCAAAGGCCAAGUGAUCACAUUCUUAGAUGCUCACUGUGAGUGCACAGUGGGGUGGCUGGAGCCUCUCUUAGCCAGGAUCAAACAGGACAGGAAAACAGUGGUGUGUCCCAUCAUCGACGUGAUCAGUGAUGAUACUUUUGAGUACAUGGCAGGUUCUGAUAUGACCUAUGGGGGAUUCAAUUGGAAGCUCAAUUUUCGCUGGUACCCUGUUCCCCAAAGAGAAAUGGACAGAAGGAAAGGUGACCGGACUCUUCCUGUCAGAACACCUACCAUGGCCGGAGGACUGUUUUCAAUAGACAGAGAUUACUUUCAGGAGAUUGGAACAUAUGAUGCUGGAAUGGAUAUCUGGGGAGGAGAAAACCUAGAAAUUUCCUUUAGGAUUUGGCAAUGUGGAGGCACCCUGGAGAUCGUUACUUGCUCACAUGUUGGACACGUGUUUCGGAAAGCUACACCUUACACGUUUCCGGGAGGCACAGGACAGAUUAUCAACAAAAAUAACAGACGCCUUGCAGAAGUGUGGAUGGAUGAAUUCAAGAAUUUCUUCUAUAUAAUUUCUCCAGGUGUUACGAAGGUAGAUUAUGGAGAUAUAGCAUCAAGACUUGGUCUAAGACACAAACUCCAAUGCAAACCUUUCUCUUGGUACCUAGAGAAUAUUUAUCCUGAUUCGCAGAUUCCACGUCACUAUUUCUCUUUGGGAGAGAUACGCAAUGUAGAAACAAAUCAGUGUCUUGAUAACAUGGCUAGAAAAGAGAAUGAAAAAGUUGGAAUCUUUAACUGUCACGGUAUGGGAGGCAAUCAGGUUUUCUCUUACACUGCCAACAAAGAAAUUAGGACGGAUGACCUUUGCUUGGAUGUCUCCAAACUCAACGGCCCAGUCACAAUGCUCAAAUGCCACCACCUAAAAGGCAACCAACUUUGGGAGUAUGAUCCCGUGAAAUUGACCCUGCAGCAUGUGAACAGUAACCAGUGCCUGGAUAAAGCCACGGAGGAGGACAGCCAGGUGCCCAGCAUCAGAGACUGCAGCGGAGGCCGGUCCCAGCAGUGGCUUCUCCGCAACGUCACCCUUCCAGAAAUAUUCUGAGACCAAAUUUACACAAGAAAAAAAAUAAGGGUUGACUGGGCUACCUCAGCAUACAUUUCUGCCACAUUCUUACGUAGCAAAAAAGGGACAGUGCUCCCUCCUGCGGGACGUGAGGGUUCUCAGCCAGUAAGACUAGACUCACUCCUCACGCACCGUGAACCAGCCUCCUGCCACGUAGCGAGACUGUGCACACUGAUGUUUACAAGGUCAAAGAGGCUUUCGUCAAGAGUCAUUGUAAAGACUAUUCAGACAGUGAAACAAUCAGCGACAUGUGCUUCCGGAAAGCUGCGCCUCGGAGGGUCUGCUUGCACAGCAGUGGUUUCCGCUGGACAUGCUGUCACAGUGAAGAAUUUCCAAGAUAGAACUGGUAGCCAGUAUAUUAAUAUUGAUACAAAAAUACAUGAGAAGAACUGGAACCAGGUUCAAAAUCAUGAAAAUAACAUUUUUACAAAAAAAAAAAACUAUAUUAAACAGGGUUUAAAGGAAAUUAAAACAGAACUAUGAGAAGUACAAUUUGUUAUAGUAUAGUAUCAAAUUUCUAUAUAGAUUUUAUACCUCGGUGGGGAAAAACUGAUUCCAGUGACAUUCAUUUUGUUUUCAUCUGUGAUAGUCAUGGAUGCUUUUUUAUUUCUCCUUGGGGUGCUGAAAUUGAGCUGGGGGGAAAGGCUCUUUGAACGUAGUUUUAAUUGCUUUCUACAAUUUUUAAAAUUUGGUUUGUGGGCUGUUGGAAUUGUAAUUUUUAAUUGCCUUCCAAAAAUGGAGAUUUAAAAUAAUGUCUGGUCUCACUGAACAGUUAGAUAUCUCAGUUGCUCUUGGGUCAGCUGGCUUACAGACUUUCUCUCACACACAGAUUUCUUAAUAGAUUUUCAACUUAACUUGAUUCAACCGAUUAUGCUUAAUACCCAAGAUUCAUCUACUGUACUACAGGUUUGUUUUCACAGCAAUAAAUCUUCAGUUUUUGGUUUAUGACUCCACUCAACAAAAGGCCUGCGGAAGUGAUUUAUUAUUUGGGUAUUUGGAGAUGAUGCAUUUGAUGGUUUUUUGGAAAACAGUUUUCACUCCAUAUUCAGAUGUGCUUCAUUGUCAAGUGCAUAUUUAGAUUAGGUUCUUGAAUUGUAAUGAACUGCUGCUUUUUUUAAAAAAUAAUAAAAUUUUAUGGAAAAUGUUUAAUUGGCAUUUUUUAAAUGAGUUAGCCAAAGAAGUGCAGUUAUUAUUCCAUAUUAUUAAUCCUGUACUUCUUCCCUAAAUUUAAUUUAGAUUAAAUUGGCUUCCUUUUUGUUUUCUAAUACUGCAAAAUAACCUGAGUAUCAAUUAAAAGUUGAAUAUCAAUUAAGUUUUAAAUCUCAUAGAAAAUCUCAUUGUGACAUUUUUCCUGAUAAGUAAAGCAAUCCAUUGGCAAAAGUG